CCUUCUCAUGGACUCUUCUGACUUAGAAGCUUUGAACUACGAUAUUUUCAUCGUCUUAGUGACAUAUUUGGACAUUUCUGAUGUUGUAGCUCUCAGUCAAUGCAGUAGACUCCUGAGGCAGUUUGCCAUCUCGCAUCAGACUUGGGUACGGCUAGGCCGAAGACUGAUCCUCCAGGGCAUACCAUUACCAACCAAAGGAUUCAGGACACCAGAUGACCUGAGUACCAGAGAGCUCAUAGACAGUGUUCUCAAGGCCGAUAGAAUCUAUAGAGGAUGGACUUCAAGAACUGCCCGGGCAACAAAAAUGAUCGUUAUUAGCAAGGGAAGCAGCCAGUUUGCGCAGUCGAGUCGAGCCAGUACCAUGAUUUUACCCAUCACGUCCGACAUUGCAGCCAUGGUGUUGGGUCAAACGGACAUGACCAUUUGGAAUAUUGUCCAAGGGAUCAAGCUUGCCGAGCUCUCGGACUGUAUUGAAAGGGUUUCACUCCUGCCUUCUGUCUUUUCACACGAAGUCGAUCUUUCCAAUAAGGCAUUCUAUUUCCUCGCACAUACAAGUGCUAUACUCGGAGAGGGUAGGGACUAUCGGAUCAAAGUCAUAAAGGUGGAUUUUAUGCACCUUCCCUCCAACCUAUUAGAAAUCGAAUCUACGGUAUCUUUUGAGGAGGUCGCCUCGUUUCGCGAGUUUUCUAUAUGUCGAAGAUUUGGUUACCAAUUAAGAUUGGGAGGAGGGUUCAUUUUAAACGCGCAAGAAAGACGCGUUUGCCAGGUAUACAUUGAGAAGUGUAUUCUUCUCUUUGUUGUUCUGGAUUGGGACAAACGUGAAGCCGCGUUUAUAGACACAGGCUGCCCCCGCCUUGUGACCUUGACCCGAGGGUCUAAGGAAAUAUCGUUCCAUCAGGUGUACGUCUGCACGUGGGACUCCCAGAAUGAGACCCUUGUCUUAACAAUCGACACGGGACGUUCAACAACAUAUUACUUCUAUCGUGCUUCACAGUUAUUACCUUUCAUGCGCUCCUUUGACGAGUACAGUGGAGACGACUUUGGCAUAAGUACUAUCCCAGUGCUUCCCCCAAGCAGGAACUACAACGUUCCGUAUCAAACUCAUAUACCACGGAACAAACUCGCGCCUCUUGCAGUACAGCAGACUGGUUUUCCGACCGCUUGGCACAGAUUUUCAGGUGUUUCUGCGGCGCCGUUCUCAAGGCCGUUUUUGGCUCAUCUAAAGUCAUUUGCCGAGUUGACUACCGAGGAACGAGAAAUGCCGGCUCCUCUUCGAGGGAACCAAUUCAUCAGGCCACCAUCUGACAAAGAUAUCGCUUCAUCAAUAAUUCCAUUCUCUCUCGCUACUGAUGGCCCGAGGUACCAUCUAGGACCACGAGCGAAGAUGUUUAGCGUACGUUAUGGCGCCUUAGCGUGGACGAAGGAAGAAGAAUCGGAAAACAGUGGACUAACUAGAAGUCUACGAAUCACAAGGUUUUUCUGUCCAUCGUGCAAAAGCGACCAAAUAGAACAGGAGAUCGUCCAGGUCUGCACGCCACUCCUGCCAAAUGGCGGGCCCGUACAAAUGGACAACACUGGCGUCGACGGAUUACUGUCGUUGUCUCUCGACGAAGUUCACGGACGACUCUUUCUUAUUUAUCAGACUGGAAAAAUUGCUGCGCUGCACUUCGGGUGACCUGAUCAAUUUGACGACAUAUACAUCACGAACGCCCAAUGCAUAAUAGAAGUUUAGGAUACCAACAUCAAC